GCAAUCGUUUGUUGAGUUUACAUUUUUUAUGGUAUUAAUUUCUUAGUUAGAUUAUAUUCUCAAACAAUUUAGCAUACUAGGAUGAUUUGUGAUACCUACCUUCGGUGCCACAAAUAGUUCAGUCUUUCUCCUUAUUGCCUGAUGGGAGAAGGAAGGGAGCGGCUGCCAUAUUGGACGGAACCAACUGCUACCGCAACUGGGGUAGUUAUUGAACGUAAUGAGUUUAUUGAUUAAGCGAAAACAACUUUGGUGAAGGGAAUUCAGCACUUUCCUGCUACGAAAGUGUUAUUUUGAUUUCUGGUAGACACCGUCUUGGGAAUCUGAGCUCUUCAGGCUCGUAGUGAGGGACCGGGGCGUGGGUGACCCUCCCCGCAGCCCUGGUGCGGCUUCCCCAGUCGCGCGCACAUGGCUUGGCGGUAGCCGGCGCGGCGCGCGGUGCGGCCUGGGAGAGUCGGAAGCGCGGCGGCGGCAGACCUGCUUGGGAGGCAGCGUCGGGCCCAUGCAGGACGCGGAGAACGUGGCGGUGCCCGAGGCGGCCGAGGAGCGGGCCGAGCCCGGCCAACAGCAUCCUGCCGCCGAGCUGCCGCCGGAGGAGGAGCUGCAGAGACCUGCUGGGCCCGGCGCUCCGGAGGCGGCGGGAACCGAGGGCGCAAAGGAGGAGGUGGGAGAGACCCGGCCAGAGCCCGAGGUGAGGGCCGAGCCAGCUGCCGGGGCGGAGACAGUGGCAGAGGCGACCCUGGGCCCGUCCAAGUCGCCCUCGCCACCGUCUGUCGAGGAGCCUCCGGGGUCUCAGGCCGAUCCCUCGACCCCAACGCUUGGCGAGGCUACAGGGGAACAGUCCCGGGACGAGCCCGCCGACAGCCGGGCACAGGCAUCGUCCGAGGAGGCUGCCGGGAACGAAGGCAGCGCGGCCGAGGCGGAGCCUCGGGCGUUGGAGAACGGUGACGCAGACGAGCCCUCCUUCAGCGACCCUGAAGACUUCGUGGACGACGUGAGCGAGGAAGAGUUACUAGGAGAUGUGCUCAGAGAUCGGCCCCAGGAAGCAGAUGGAAUCGAUUCUGUGAUUGUGGUGGACAAUGUUCCUCAGGUGGGACCUGACCGACUUGACAAACUCAAAAAUGUCAUCCACAAGAUUUUUUCCAAGUUUGGGAAAAUCACAAAUGAUUUUUAUCCUGAAGAGGAUGGGAAGACAAAAGGGUACAUUUUCUUGGAAUACGUGUCUCCUGCGCAUGCUGUGGAUGCUGUGAAAAAUGCUGAUGGCUACAAGCUUGACAAGCAGCACACAUUCCGGGUCAACCUCUUCACGGAUUUUGACAAAUAUAUGACAAUCAGUGAUGAAUGGGAUAUUCCAGAGAAACAGCCUUUCAAAGAUCUGGGGAAUUUACGUUACUGGCUUGAAGAGGCAGAAUGCAGAGAUCAAUAUAGUGUAAUUUUUGAGAGUGGAGACCGCACUUCCAUAUUCUGGAAUGAUGUGAAAGACCCUGUCUCAAUUGAAGAAAGAGCGAGAUGGACAGAAACAUACGUGCGUUGGUCUCCUAAAGGUACUUACCUAGCUACUUUUCAUCAAAGAGGCAUUGCUCUUUGGGGUGGAGAGAAAUUCAAGCAAAUCCAGAGAUUCAGCCACCAAGGGGUUCAGCUCAUUGAUUUCUCACCUUGUGAAAGAUACCUGGUGACUUUCAGCCCCCUGAUGGACACUCAGGAUGAUCCUCAAGCCAUAAUCAUCUGGGACAUCCUUACAGGGCACAAGAAGAGAGGUUUUCAUUGUGAAAGCUCAGCCCAUUGGCCUAUAUUUAAGUGGAGCCAUGAUGGUAAAUUCUUUGCAAGAAUGACACUUGAUACCCUUAGCAUCUAUGAAACUCCUUCUAUGGGUCUUUUGGACAAGAAGAGUUUGAAGAUCUCUGGAAUAAAAGACUUUUCUUGGUCUCCUGGUGGUAACAUAAUAGCUUUUUGGGUGCCUGAAGACAAAGACAUUCCAGCCAGGGUAACACUGAUGCAGCUCCCCAGCAGACAAGAGAUCCGAGUAAGGAAUCUAUUUAAUGUCGUGGAUUGCAAGCUACAUUGGCAAAAAAAUGGAGAUUACUUGUGUGUGAAAGUAGAUAGGACUCCAAAAGGUACCCAGGGUGUUGUCACAAAUUUUGAAAUUUUCCGAAUGAGGGAAAAACAGGUACCUGUUGAUGUGGUUGAAAUGAAAGAAACCAUCAUAGCCUUUGCCUGGGAACCAAAUGGGAGUAAAUUUGCUGUGCUGCAUGGAGAGGCCCCGCGGAUAUCCGUGUCUUUCUACCACGUCAAAAACAAUGGGAAGAUCGAGCUCAUCAGAAUGUUUGAUAAGCAGCAAGCAAACACCAUCUUCUGGAGCCCUCAGGGACAGUUUGUUGUGCUGGCUGGUCUAAGGAGUAUGAACGGUGCCUUAGCAUUUGUUGAUACUUCAGACUGCACAGUUAUGAACAUUGCAGAGCACUAUAUGGCCUCUGAUGUCGAGUGGGAUCCUACAGGACGUUACGUUGUCACCUCUGUGUCCUGGUGGAGCCAUAAGGUGGACAAUGCUUAUUGGCUGUGGACUUUUCAAGGGCGCCUUCUGCAGAAGAAUAACAAGGACCGCUUUUGCCAGCUACUGUGGCGACCUCGGCCCCCAACACUCCUGAGCCAGGAACAGAUCAAGCAAAUUAAAAAGGAUCUGAAAAAGUACUCUAAGAUCUUUGAACAGAAGGAUCGUUUGAGCCAAUCCAAAGCCUCAAAGGAAUUGGUGGAGAGAAGGCGAACCAUGAUGGAAGAUUUCCGAAAAUACCGAAAAAUGGCCCAAGAACUCUAUAUGGAGCAGAAAAAUGAGCGUCUGGAAUUAAGAGGAGGGGUGGACACAGAUGAGCUAGAUAGCAACGUGGAUGAUUGGGAAGAAGAGACUAUUGAAUUCUUCGUCACUGAAGAGAUCAUUCCUCUUGGGAACCAGGAGUGAUCUGGAGCACUGUGUGUCACAGUUCCUAUUGUGCUGGAACCAAGGUCAUCCUCUUACAGAAAGCCUACACAACUCCUGAAUUUUACCUGUGCUUUCUCUUGCUCUGGACUGUGAAUGCACCCGGGAUUCUUCCAUCGCAACACAUUUUUGUGCCUUUAAACCCCUGGUGUCCACAGUGGGGGAAGUUUCAAGGCACUGCUUUCACUUUUUUCUCGUUUGGGGUUUUUUUAAUCAGUACCACCAGUGUUUGCUACUUAUACUCUUAUGCAGUGCAACCAGCAGGUACAUUUUUGCUCCUGCGGUCAGUGGUAUUUCCAAGGUGUUCCAUCCACAGUUGAGUGGUGUUUCCAUUCAAGAACUCUUGGCUGUCCUGUUCAUGGGCCAGUGCUGGGUGUGUCCUGGAGACUAGCAGGAAAGCAGUACCUUGCUGUGUCCCACUGUGCUCAGACGGUGCUGCAGCACCUCCUACCCCCACUAUUCAGGUUGUGGUAGGUUCUCUUAACAGGUUGAAUGUGGAAAUAAAAGCAAACCUAUAUGAAAAGCUGUCUUUCUCUUCUCUUUGAAUGUAGAUGGUGAUCUUGAUUUGGUACCUGUCUCCCAUCCCUUCCUUGCCAUUCCAGGGCUCCCCAGACACCAUCACAUUCAGUCAACACAUGCACACAGCUUAGUGGGGAGGACAGAGAGCAGUCGCCACCUCUGCUCAGCUGUGCAUUACAGCCAGUCCAGAACAUUAUGCCUUUUUUUUUCUUUGAAAAAAUGCUUGCCAUAUUACCUGAUGAGAACCCUUUAGACUUUUCCUUAGAGUGAGACAAAUUGGAAUAUUUUUAUUAAGAAUUGUAGGGUUAGCCAUUAUUACUUGGUUCUGUUUGAAUAUUUAACUUCCUUUUUUCCUCUUGAGAAGGGAGCAAACAAACUGAUAUGAUUUCAGUUUUUUUCUGUCUGUAGUAUCCAGCUACCCUCAGUGCCUUGUGAGCUGCGGUCUCAUCUACCUCUCUCUUUUGCUCUCUCUUUUGCUCAUGGAACCUGAAGCUGAGUUUAAAAGCAGAGAAGUACAGGCGCCACACUCAGUUCACAGCCAGGGGCACUCACAGACCUACAGCAGCAUUUGAGAUGGGAGGAGAAACUGUAGUUAUGGGGAGAGGACAAAGGCAAGAUGCAGGCCCUAGAGAAGCUGGAUUGGCUGCUGUUGAGAGUAAUUAUUGGCCUGGGAAUUCCAUAUUGACCAAUCUGGAGUCUUGAGGUUCUCAGAGGCUUGCCCUCACAAAAGCCUCUGGUUGUCUCAGAUUCCCUAGGUGUGGGGAAGGCACUUUGUGCUUUUCAUAUGAGCCUUACCUUUUUCUGAUCUAUGAUCUUUCUAAAAUUCUGAUUGUCACAGUCCUACCAUUAGGCUUAUCCCGUGCGCAUCAGCGUUCACUUUAAUAGCAAGUCUUAUUGACUCAUGUUCUUUAAAAUAGUGUGCCAAGAAACAUUUUUCUAAUUUCAUGGAUGUAAGAAAAAGCCACACAGCUCUAUUAUAUUAACAGCUGCUUAACUGAACUUUCACAAAGUUAACUUUUCUGCUGUGAGCUAGGUUAAGCCUCGGCACUCUAGCCUGGAGCAACAGAGUGAGACUCUGUCUCAAAAAUUAACUUUUCGUUGUUUUAAACUUACUAGCUGUAAUCAUUUCACAUAAUUUGUAAAUAAAGAAUUUCGGAAAGAGUAAUCAUUUCGCAUAAUUUGUAAAUAAAGAAUUUCG